AUGGGUAUUCAAAUUUUAGUUCGAGGAUGUCGACCUGGCAAAACGGUUCAGAUGUCUGAAAAUGAAAUCCGAGCUCUUUGUCACAAAAGCAGAGAAAUUUUUUUAUCUCAGCCCAUAUUACUAGAAUUGGAAGCGCCGUUAAAGAUUUGUGGUGAUAUUCACGGACAAUAUAACGACCUACUACGUCUUUUUGAGUACGGCGGUUUUCCACCUGAAGCAAAUUAUUUGUUUCUUGGUGACUACGUAGAUCGAGGGAAGCAGAGCCUUGAGGUUCUUCUCAAACCAAUUUUCAAUUUGCAGACAAUAUGCCUUCUUUUGGCUUACAAAAUAAAAUACCCAGAAAAUUUCUUCCUUCUGCGAGGUAACCACGAAUGCGCUAGUAUUAACCGUAUCUACGGCUUCUACGAUGAAUGCAAGCGUCGGUUUUCAAUAAAACUUUGGAAGACUUUCACAGAUUGUUUUAAUACGUUGCCAAUAGCAGCACUUAUUGAUGAAAAAAUCUUCUGCUGUCACGGAGGUUUAUCGCCUGAUUUGCAAAAUAUGGAGCAGAUAAGAAGAAUUAUGAGACCUACGGAUGUUCCUGAUACAGGUUUAUUAUGUGAUCUUCUUUGGUCCGAUCCUGACAAGGAUGUUCAGGGAUGGGGAGAAAACGAUCGUGGAGUUUCGUUUACCUUUGGACCUGAUGUGGUUGCCAAAUUUUUGAAUCGCCAUGACUUAGAUCUCAUAUGUAGGGCUCAUCAGGUAGUGGAGGAUGGGUAUGAAUUCUUUGCUAAAAGGCAAUUGGUAACGUUGUUCUCGGCUCCUAACUACUGCGGAGAGUUCGAUAACGCGGGCGGCAUGAUGAGUGUUGAUGAAACACUUAUGUGCUCGUUCCAGAUUUUAAAACCGUCUGAGAAGAAGGCAAAGUAUCAGUAUGCAGGUCUUAACAGUGGGCGUCAAACACAAACUCCGACAAGGCCAGGAGGUCCAACUGCUGGUAUGCAGAAAAAAAAGUGA